UAAUAUUGUUUGUUAACAGCUGUGGAAGCUAUUCGCUAUACUCUCUGUCUCUCUCUGUCUCUCUCUCUCUCUCAGAGAGAAUGAAGAAAAGUGUUUCCCUUUCUGCAGGACUCAUGGCGCUUAUCGUUCUAGUUGUGUUACUUCUUCAUCAAACUUGUAGUGCUAAGGAUACAAAUCAGGACUGUGUUCCUUCUUCCUGCGGCAAUAUCCCCAACAUAAGCCCUCCAUUUCGAUUGGCAGACGACCCUCCAAAUUGCGGCGACCGAAGGUAUACCCUGUCUUGUCAGGACAACCACACCGUGUUAUUCUUAUUUUCCAUAGAACACUACGUACAGGAAAUCAAUUACACUUCCCAAACAAUCCGAGUUGUAGACUCGGGUAUUCAAAAGGGUAAUUUCUCCUACAUCACUGGUUGUUUCCGUUUACGGGCCAAUACUCCAUAUUAUCCUACGAGGUCCAUCGACAGAAGCAUACAGUACAUGGUUUUGUUGAACUGUGAAAAGCGAGUGAAUUCCCCACGGUAUUUGAACAAAUCUGCUUGCUUUGGCAAUAGAGCGUAUGCUUCCAACUCAUCUUCAUCCCAGCCCGAGGCCGGGUUUAGGUAUGUGCUAUAUAACCAGGCGAAAGCAGGGGAUGUGGAGGACUUGUGCCAAGUAGAGCAUAUAUUCCAGACAUCGUGGCCGUCAGUGCGCAAUUUGCUUCCAGAAGACCCAAGUGGUAUUUCCUGCACAGACUUAUACAACCUAUUGCUAUACGGUUUUGAGAUUUCUUGGUCUCAAUAUUGUGGAAAGUGCGGCAUCUUCGAGUUUAGCGAUACAAAUCUUUGCUGCGAAAGACAUACGGGAAUCCUUGGAAUACCAUAUCGGGUUUACACUGCUUUCCGAGGCAUAGUAGAUCUUUCGUAUUCAGUUAUUGACGAUAAAGUAAGGCAGACAGAGCGCGGACGUCGGAUCGUAUCAGAAGUUAUUUAACUGGGUGGUAUGAUGAAGGUGACUUAUGAUCCCAUCUAAAGAUCCUAUUACCACUAAUGAUCAUUACUAUCAACCUCGGACUAUUCCAUGGAGCAAAAAUUAUAAUGGCGACCCCAUUUGUGAUUGGAUUCUUGAUAUAUAAAUGGCGUAGGAGACAUUUAUCGGCGUUUGACAUCAUUGAAGAAUUUUUACAAAAUAACAAUAAUCUCA